AUGAGGGAAGCUUUGAUCGAAACCACUUUCGAGCACGAAAAACAGAGCAACGUUUGGUGUCGCAAAGCGACUCAGCUGGUGAAAGUUUUACGCGAACGUGACAUCCAACGACCUGGUGAGAAUCCGGAAUUGCGUAUAGUCACCCGAUUGGAGUCUGGGUGUGCCAAUCUUCGUGAGGCAUUGAAUCAUGCCCAACUGGCACUAAAACGUCGGAAAUCUUGUUUAACCCGCUGGCAAUCAAAUCUGGUCGAACUGGAUACGAUAUUGGCCGAAAUCAAAUCCAUUAUGAGUUCAUUCGAAAUGUUCGGAAUGGAAAUACGAGGAGAGACACCGAGUGUUUGGUUGUCGGAACUACGCAAACGAAUUCAGGAUCCCACCGGGACUGUUUCUCGGGAUCAGUGGUUGACCGAGCUGAAUCCACGAAACUCUGGUCUGGGCAGUUCGCUAGAGAAGCUGACUAUCUGUUGGAAUCGCAUUCAAGAGGGCCUGACUUCUUAUGAAGAGAAUUCGAUUGUACGUAUACCUAAUCACCUGGCUACACAGAUAAUUGAUCUCACGGAAGAGUGGGACAAGUUGAAGAAAAUGCUUAACUUGAAAUCAUUCAAAGGUUGGUCUGUCGAAGAGCGAAAUGGGAACAGGGAUGUGGAAACCAAGAUACCCCCCUCUGUGUCAAACACCACAGUGAUAUCUGCUCCAGGCACUUGGCCGGCGCAUCAUCCACCUUCGGGCCCCGCGUCCUCUACUGCAUCCGCAGUGCGAACGACCGCAGUUGGCAGUAUGGGUCCACUGAAUCAGGCAACUUCACCCACUUUAGCUCGUAUUCGUCACGAGAUAGACCAAUUGUCCAGGUGGUUGACAUCGGUCAGCCACUUUAUCGAGAUGAGCCGAGUGCGCCUGGGGGAUCGUUUUGAUCAGGAAACGGUCAAUGGACAAUUGCAGCAAGCAAAAUUAGCCACAAGCGAAGGAUCUCAAAUGAAUCUGCGACAAGUCUAUCAUCCAGCCGCAUUGCAACUGAAAAUUCAACAAUUUCUCACCGAAAUGGAAGCGCGGAAACCUCAACUGGAUCGAAUCAGUGUGGAAAAAGAACGUCUGGUGGCAUGGGACAGUGAGGAAGCAUUGAAUGGGGAUUUUGCUACGCAAGGAUGGCAACGUGAUGUGCUAGUGUUAUGCGAACACACUCCGGGCUCUCGCAGCGCAGCGGAGUGA